AUGUCCGAUCCAUCAAUCUAUACGAUCGGCUGGAUCUGCGCCAUUGUCCCUGAGUUCGUCGCAGCCCGGCUCUUCCUCGACGAGGUCCACGAAGAGCCUCGAUCGCUGUCCAGAAACGACAACAACUCGUAUAAGCUCGGGCGCAUGGGCAAGCACAACGUCGCGAUCGCGGUCCUUCCUCAUGGCGAAUAUGGAGAAAGCUCGGCGGCAGUGGUCGCUCGAGACAUGGUCCGCACAUUUGUGAACAUAAGGGUAGGGCUUAUGGUCGGCAUCGGCGGCGGCGCUCCGAGUCCCAGAAAUGACGUCCGUUUGGGCGACAUCGUUGUCAGCUCCCCGGCUGAGGGUUAUGGCGGCGUGAUUCAGUACGACUUUGGCAAAUCCAUCGAGGAUGGGAAGUUCGAGAUGACUGGGUUCUUGAAUCAGCCGCCCCUUGCUCUAAGAACAGCCCUCAACAUGCUGAUUUCCGACCUCGAAAUAGAAGGCAGCUCGCUUGAAGAGCACAUUUUGAAGCGCCUGAAGAAUGACAUCUUGAAGAAGAAAUACGGUCGGCCCAGUUCCAAUUCCGACAAACUUUUCCGCAGCGACAUUGUCUAUGACACAAACAGGUCAAUGGCUGAUUAUUGCGCCGACGACUUCGUGGAUCGCCCGGAACGAGACCCCGGUUCAGAGCCCGUCGUCCAUUACGGACUGAUAGCUUCUGCAAAUCAGGUAAUGAAAGAUGCUCAGAAGCGAGAUGCACUAGCAAAGGAGAAGAACGUGCUAUGCUUCGAGAUGGAAGCCGCUGGUUUGAUGAAUCAUUUUCCCUGUCUAGUCAUAAGAGGAAUCUGUGACUACUCCGACUCUCAUAAAAACAAGCAAUGGCAGGGCUACGCUGCCAUGGCAGCCGCUUCUUUCGCCAAAUCAUUGGUCUGCUGUAUUCCGCGUCAGAGCCUCGAGCAUGAACAGUCUGUAGCAAAAGUAUUGUCUUCUAUCAAUUCAGUCAAGGAAGAUGUCAUCGCCAUAAAAGAUACAAUCGAUCAUGACAUUCUGGACAAAUUGCCAAUGGCUCAGGGUGCUGAAUUCGACAGCUAUGAAAAUCAACACGAACCGAGAUGCCAUCCAAGUACCAGAGUUGAUAUUCUUCGCGACAUUGAAACCUGGGCUCCUCAUGCUACUGGCCCGAAACUUUAUUGGCUCAGUGGACUGGCUGGAACGGGAAAGUCGAUCAUAGCUCGGACCAUUGCUCAUGAGUUUUACGAGACCAACAUACUCGGCGCCACGUUCUUUUUCAAAAGGGGAGAAGUUGAUCGUGGCAGCGCGUCGUUGUUUUUCGGUACGCUAGCCCGUCAGCUAGCGCAGCGCCGACCCGAGUUAAGCCCGUACAUAGUAAAGGCGAUCAAGGAGACGGAUAAUAUCUGUUCCAAGAGUAUGGAGGAGCAAUUCACUAAGCUCGUCUUCAACCCACUCAAACUGGCAGCGUCAAAACCAGGGGAGCCCAAAAAGUUGAUCCUGGUACUCGACGCAUUGGAUGAGUGUUCGAACGAGAAGGACGUUGAAAUUUUAUUGCGUUUACUGAUCAAGGCUGUAUGUUUCGAUGGCUGCGGUCUGAAGCUGCUUAUUACAAGUAGGCCAGAGGUUGCAGUGCGCGAUGCAUGUGGUUCUCCCAAUCAAGGAUUGUACCGGGAAGUUCGACUACAUGACACACCAAAUGAGAUUGUCUCCAAAGAUAUCUCAUUGUACCUUCGACAUCAGUUGACAGAGAUCAGGAAUUUGUGGAACGCAAGAUGCAUCAAUAAUCAGAAACUACAGCUGGAUUGGCCUGGGCAGGAGAAGAUCAAGGCCCUUGUCGACAUCACCAUACCCUUGUUUCUGUUCGCGGCAAUAGCUUGCCGCUUCAUCCGAGACGAGCUAUUCGGCAGUCCAGAGGAACAGCUUUUGAAGCUUGUUCAGACCGUUCAGAAAGGAGGCGUCAGCGACAAACUUCAAGAGACCUAUCAGCCAGUAUUGAGACAGUUCAGAGGCGAAAGAACGUCGUCAGAGCGAAUGAUCCUGCUUGGAAGAUUUAAAGAGGUCAUCGGCGCAAUCAUACUCCUCGAGCAGCCUUUGUCGGUUACCUCAAUCGCCAGCUUGCUGGGUCUCAAGCCUUCGCAAGUUGGUGGUAUCUUGGUUCCUCUCAGGUCUGUUCUUGAUCUUCCGAGUGAGGAAGGCCUAGAGGUCAAACUUUUUCAUUCGUCAUUUCGCGACUUUUUACUGAGUCCAGUUGCCGGAGACUUCUCCAUCAAUUUCAAGGAAACACAUUGGAGAAUGGCGCUUGCCUGUCUUGAAAUUCUUUCGAGGUCUUUGCGUUACAAUAUUUGCAGCCUCAAGCCCGCCGAUCGACGGUCUGCGAUUGCGAGAGACGUCCUGGAACAACAGCUCCCGCCACACACACGAUAUGCUUGCCGCUUCUGGUUUCAUCACCUGAAAUCCGCGGGUCAACCUCUCGAGGAUGAGGAUCAAGUCCAUAAAUUCCUCCAAGAUCGAUUUCUCUAUUGGGUCGAGGCUCUCUGUGUCCUCGGAGAAACCAAUCGUGCUAUUCAAAUGAUAGACACGCUAAUUCCCCUCGUGAAGCAACCAAAAAUCAAGCUUUACAAUCUUUUGGAAGACUCGGAGAUGUUGAUUUCCAAAUACACCUCCGUUAUUCUCGAGUAUCCUUUGCAACUGUAUUGGUCAGCAUUGGUCUUUUCUCCCAAGACAAGCUCUAUCCGACACGCUUCCAUAAAAAGCAUCCCGAAGUGUAUCACUUUCCAACGACCACAAAAGUCUGGAUGGACGCCUCUGAUCCAGAACACAGGUCUUGGGGAUGCCUAUGAAGGUUAUUAUGCCGUUGUUGUUUCUCCUGAUUCCAGGCUUGUUGCAUUAAGUGGGCUUCGCGGGGACAUAUCGGUUUGGUCGCUCUCCCUGGGUGUCUUGAUGACCAGCUUUCGCAUGCCACGCCUUCACUCUAUUGGUCCAUACGUUCCAGUCGCCUUUUUCAAGGACUCGAAGCGAAUUGCAUCGGCAUUACAAAACUUAAUCCACGUCUACGUCGCUGAAACGGGCGAGGAACUAUGCUCAUUCCGUAUUCCCGAUGGGGUCGACGUAGUACAACUUGACGUUUCCCACACUUCAGAGAAGAUUGCGGCGUCUUACGACAAUUUUACCGCUGCGAUAUGGACAAUGUCCACAGGGCGUAGGAUCAAGCUCCGGCCUAUAGACAGAGUCCAGAGGCGUGGUAGCUCACGCUCUGUAUCACAAGGAGGCUCAUUUGUCAGUUUCUCUCCGAAUUCUGAGAUUGUAGCGACCUCAUCUAUACGUGGAAGUGUCCAUCUUUGGGAAGCCUUGACAGGUAAUUGCCUUCAGACGUUUGAAACAAAUGGGCCCGUGGUCAGCCAGCUCGCCUUCGUGUCAGACACCAAUCUCCUGAUCGUUAAGGAAGCGGAUGGAGAAAUUCGAACCUUAAACAUUGACACCGGUUGUUGGAAUUCUCGAGUCCCGGGAGGAGAAAACACACGUGGACCUACAGCUAUUUCACACGACUCGAGGCUCAUCGCGCAUCAAAGUCUCUCCGAUAGCGACGCUAUUUCGAUUUCGUCAUUCGAUACCGGCGAACACUACCAAUCCCUACAUCUCACCAGCAUUCUCGCCGCCAGCCCAUUCAGCUUUCAUUCACUUCGGCCUAAGCAUUGGGUAGCGGCAUUCUCACCCGAUGGCAAAUUUCUCAUUGUUGCUCAAAGCAACGGAGUUGCUAUCUGGUCCUUGUCCAUGAUCCGAAAGCCCAGAACGCUGGACAGUGGAAUGAAUCAGCCAAUACAGCCAAUGUCUGCGGUGACUAAGAGCUGUUUCAUACAUCGGAGAGCUUCCGAAGAAACGGCACAAAUCAUUUCAAUGGACAAAAUCGACGACUCCAACGAGGUUAAUAUUUGGUCGUCUGACACUGGCGAGCUAGACCUGAAAGUCAAAAACGAUGGAGAUAUCUGGGAUUCAGGAAAUGCCACACUCUCGCCUGAUUCAAAAUGGAUGUUCCUCCCUUGCCAGCCGGCAAUCCACAACAUCCAAGAUAGCACAGUCGUUCAUGUCAUGAAGCCUCCAUGCCCUCGUAAUCCUAGCUGGCUCGAUUACAAUGAGGCAAGAAAGAGCGAGGUUUUGUUUUCGGAAGAUUCACAAUCCUUUGCAUUUGGCGCAUAUCAUGACUUUAGUCUCUGGAAAAUGCACGGGGGGCUGCAAUACCGAGACUCUACCUGUGCCGGGACCCUCAUCACAAUUACGCCUGAUUGGAAAUACGCGGUCUACACAAUCGAGAUCCCAUGCCUAGAGGCACUCAAAAAGAACGGCGAGCCUAGAUCAGAUGAGAUGUCUCACAGAGUCAGGUACUUGAGCAUUGAUACACACAAAUACGUGGAUAUGCCCGAGGAAGCUGACGACUUCAGCUUUCUCGCCAUAUCACCAGACUCGAAAUGGGUGGCCUCAGUGCCAAAUCGUGGUAAAGAGCUCUCCCUAUGGCUAGCAAGCAAAUGCUCCCGCCAAGCCCUCUUUGAGCCCGAGUCUCGCAUCACUGCAGUCGCAUUUUCAUCCAAUUCUGAAUCAGUGGCAUCAGCGGACAAGGCUCAAAACAUACGGAUUUGGUCGACAAUUUCGGGGCACUGCACAAACGUCUUGAAUGUAGGACGUAGUCUCUUCGGCCUAUCUUUCUCGCCCGACGAUUCUCAGUUGAGGACCUCCUUUGGGGCCAUUGCCAUCGAAACGUCCAUCCGCCCACCCCAAGUAGCCAAUUCUACCACGGAUGAUGCCGAACUUGAAAACACGUCUGUCAUGCUUCAGAGACCGCGUUGGCAGGGCUAUGGAAUCGAUGUAAGCGGUAAGUGGAUCACUUGGGACGGUGUCAACUUGAUGCUCAUGCCGACCGAUAUCAACCCUGCUUCGAAUUUGAAUUCCCCUCGCUGGGAUUAUGAUGAUAGGCGAUGCCAGGUGGCUGCUGGCGAAUCCGUUGUUGCUUGGGUAGGUCCCUCUGGCGAGCUAUAUACCAUGGGGUUCUCGAGAGAUAUGAAGCCCUUUGACUAA